AUGGGUAGCUUUGAAGUUCAACUUUUGGGCCAAGCUGUUGGUUAUGGAGUUUUGGUAGGAAUAGGUGGUCUCUUUGCCAUUGCAAUUGUAGUUGCAACCAAGCUCAUGUCAAAGUAUUUACACGAGAAUGCACACUCCACGGAGAUGUUUAUGGUAGCAAAUAGAAGUGUUGGAAUUGGAUUGACUGCUAGUGCUGUCUACUCUUCUUGGACUUGGGCUACUGAGUUUCUAUGGGUUGUUACAAUGGUCUAUAACUAUGGAAUAAUGAGCUCCUACUACUACGCAGCCGGUUUGGGAUUCCAUAUCUGUCUUAUGAGUGUUGUAGGAAUUUUAUCCAAGAAGAGAAUUCCCAGUAGCCACACAUGUCUUGAAAUUGUUGAAUUGAGGUACGGAAAGGCUUGUCACUUACUUUUCAUGUUCUUGUGCUUAGUGAACAACUUACUUUCUUGCUCAUUUAUGAUAUUGGGCGCAGCAAGUGCAAUUUCGGCCAUAGCUGGAAAUCUUCAUAUCGUCGCAAGUGCUAUGUUGAUUCCAUUUGGAGUACUACUUUACACCACUGUUGGUGGAUUGAAAUCAACCUUCUUAACUGACUUCCUUCAUACAUUUAUUUUGCUUAUCAUAUUGUGUUAUGUGAACACUGCUGUUUUGCAAUCGCCUCAUAUUGGAGGGAUUGAUGGGCUUUAUAAAUUAGUCUUGGAGCAUGAGGACGACAGGUAUGUUGAAGGUAAUUAUAAAGGUUCCUUUUUGACAGGAAAAUCUCAAGGAGCAAUUAUUUUUGGAUUGAUUCAUACCUUAGGGGAUCUUGGAUUGACUGUCAUGGACAGUUCAUUCUGGCAAAAGAGCUUCAGUUCAGAUAUUCACUCGGCGGUGCCAGGAUAUCUUCUAGCAGCUGGAACUAUUUUUGCAAACGUUUGGCCAUUAGGUACAAUUGUUGGAUUGGCUAAUAUAGUGUUGGAAGAUAAUCCUAUUUUUCCUACAUACCCUAGAAAGAUGACUACUUAUGAAAUCAAUAACGGGUUGGGUUUACCUUAUGUCUUGAAGGCAGUGCUAGGAGAUGGAGCUGUUGGGGCGAUUUUACUAGCAAUUUAUUUGGCUGUAACUUCAACAGUCAGCGCCCAGAUGAUUUCAGUAAGUAGUAUCAUAUCAUUUGAUAUCUAUAAGAAGUACAUCAAACCAGACGCCCAAAAUAAACAUUUAAUUAGAAUAUCUCAUUUCGGAGUGGUUUUCUUCGGUUUAUUUUCAGCUGGGUUCUCCAUAAUGUUACACUAUGUCGGUGUUGAUACUACUUGGAUGGGAUAUUUCCUAUCCAUGGUAAUUUGUCCGGGAGUUGUUCCUUUGGUUUUGACUAUUACAUGGGACCGCCAGACAACAUUAGCAGCAUUUGCUUCACCUAUUGCUGGAAUAAUCCUUGGAAUUGCCGUCUGGCUCUCAACUGCGUACCAUUUCUAUGGCGAGGUGAGUAUUGUGAGUACAGGACAGCAAUUACCAUGUUUGUAUGGUGGGUUAACGGCCAUAUUCGUUCCAGCCAUCUUGACUGUUGUGAUAAGUUACACCAUCAAUCCCCAUAGAUUUGAUUGGGAGAAGUUUCAAGAGGCUAAGAUUAUUGUUGUCGAAGAAGAUGCCUUCAAGAAGGAUGAGACCUCUGGAUCUGAUUCUGAGACAUCCAGAAAGGAAGAAAUAGAAAAGGCGAACUACAAAAUUGAAGUAAAUGAAGAACAAGAACGACUGAAACAAACAAAUGUUGGUGAGGUAGAAGAAGCUGCUGGUAUUUUGAGGGAGAAGAAAAGAGUCAAUUUGUUAGUCAAAACUGCCUAUGGGUCCUUGAUAUUUAUGGUGCUUUUAACGUGGGUCGUCUGGCCCUUACCUUUAUACAGAGACUAUAUUUGGGGUAUUGAGUUCUUCAGAGGAUGGACAGUCGUCUCGCUCAUUUGGGUGUAUUUGGCCUUUUUUGCAAUCGGAGUGUAUCCCUUAUAUGAUGGAAGACACGCAUUAAAAAAGGUAUUUUAUGGAGUUUAUGUAGACUAUAUUAAACGAGAACACUGA